AUGUGUGAGGAGGCGUUGAGACAAAUUCCGUGGCAGCUAGAGAGUGAACUGGCUGCCAGGACAGAGAGGAAGGAACAAACCAUGACCUUCUACAGCCCUGAGGUCUCCAAAAUAAAAGGGGACUGGAGAUACCAAAGGCCUACCCUUCCUACCAACAAACACUAGAUGUCACCUCAGAAGUGACAGCAGUCUUCGGGUCAGACUCACACCCGCACCUGGAUGAUGUUACCUGGCAGCCUCUCUGGGUUCGCCUCCUGCUGCUGAUCUCACUCUCCACCAAGCUGGGUGCAGUUCCUGGUGACCAGCAGUAGCCCUGAGCUCUACGCAGGACUCUGGACUUUACGCAACCAUGAGCUGUGCUGGAGCCACACACCCAAGCCACCCUACUGGUUUCAACACCAAUCUCAGUGUGGCCUCAUCAUCUCUGCCCUCUGCAUGCCUGCCAGCUUUGGCUUGCUCCUUAGAUCUUGCUGCCCUCCAGGAAGAAUCAUGUCCUCUGAUCUGGAUCUGAAGGUGUCCAUGCUCAGCUUCUGCCCAGCUGUCUGCCUGCUCCUCUUCCUCAGCCUGUUUGUGGCCCAGGUUGAAUGGCACACAAAGAGUGCCAUGGAGUCAGAGUUCCUGUCCUAUUAUCUAAAUUGGUGCAGGGACUUCUUAUACUUCUGUGUCGGGAUCAUGUCUUUUCUCAACUACCUAAGAUUCCAAUAUCAUUUUACUGAUCUGUGUGUCAGUGAGAUUCCACAGCAGAAGUCCAGUGCCUGCCACAGCCAAAAAAUCAUGUCCUGA